CUCAAGUGUUGAGCGGGGUUGGGACUGGUUUGGGAUAAUCGUUCAGUUGACAUCCCAGUUUAGUGUCAACCACGGAAACAAGCGGCCAUGGCUCAACCCUCACCCUCAAUCCUUCUCACCUCUCCAGAGAGAUGACCACGUUGUCGGAUGAAGUGGAAUCCUUCCGACAAGCCGUCGUGCAGGCUCUGCUGCAAGUUGACGGCAGGAACCUCGACGGAGUGAUCGGUUUGAUCGGGCCUGCCAAAAGACGGGAGACAUUUGGGAAAAUAUACAAGGGUGUCUACAAUAAAAGCGUAGUUUGCAUAAAGUCUUUCAAAAAUAUCGAGAGUGAGGACUCUGAGUCGCAUCCCGAAUUUCUUCGACGGUUAGUUCGCGAAGUAAAAGUGUGGUCUCAGCUGGCGCACAAACAUAUAGUCAAGCUUCACGGUUGGACAUCGUACAUUGACAGCAAGCAAAAUUUAUGCCCCAACGGGGGGGACGUUAAGGCUUUUCUACGCCGCUAUCCAGACGCCGAUCGCCGAGCCCUAGUUUGCGGAAUAGCUCAAGGUCUUAAUUAUCUUCAUUUGAAGGAUGUGGUACACGCCAACAUGAAGCCUGAAAGCGUUGUCGUGAGCGAUGGGAGCAUUCCACAAUUGUGUGACUUUGACCUUUCCUUCAUCAUAUGGGACACCUCAACACAUAUCAAUACCACUGAACUGUUUGAGGCAUUGCGAUACAUAGCACCAGAAGUGUGCGAGAAGAAUGAACCCUUUCGGGACAAGGGGACUGACGUCUGGGGGUUUGGAUGUAUAGCCAUGGAGAUACUCCGCGGUCAGCGACCAUAUGCCACUAUUAGGAACGAAUUCGCUGUCUACUGGGCUAUUGGACGUUCAGAGCCGCCGUUUGCCCUUCCAGUGAUGCAACCUACGGAGGAGAUCCUUGUUCUUUGCCUCAACCCUGAUCCUGAACAGCGAAUUGGCAUGCAGACCGUUACCGAGCACCUGGAGCGAUCGGACAAUUGCUUAGCAACACAGUCCUUAAGUCCUGCGCAUCAAUUUUCCGAUGCUGCGAUUCUCAACAGCACAUGAGUGAAGGCUUUUGUUCAAUCCGAUUCGCGAAGCACAAGUGUGAUACAUUGUGUCUGGGGUGCAAAUCACUGCUGUGGGUCGUGGUGGCUCGAAUUGAUGGUGGCAAAUUGCCUGCACAAACUCCUGCCGAUAUUAUGUCAAUCCUGCCACUUUUGCUGAUGUGAUGGAUUUCAUUUGUAUGGUAACUCACACUGGCAACUUACUAGAGUGUUUGCGUUGCUUCGGAAUACGC